AUGAGCUCACGGCGCGCGGGUGCGGGCUCUCGCCGCAGCAGCUCGAGCCGCAAGCACGCGCUAGAGGAGAUCAAGCGUAUGCGUGAGGGUGGGGCAGUAGAAGAAGCUGCCAGUUCCAGUCGUCUGGCGCAGUAUAAACCGCAGGAAGAGAGUAUCUACAAGGCCGUAACGGAACAGGAGUAUGAGGAGCUGGUCCACCAGCGUCGUCAGGGCCUGCCCUUCGUGGAAAACGAUGACGGUGAGAUGGGCUACUAUGACGAUGGAGAGGAACAGUUCUUCGAAUCCGACCCGGAGGACACGGGAACAGCCCAAGACGACGACGACUCAGUUGGUAAGAAACGCAGCGCUGGCGCUCUGUCCUCGUCAUACGUCCGACGAGCCAAGAAGAUGCAGCGUGCUAAGCUCGGAGGAGGAGAAGGACAGAAGAUCACCAACAUGUUCUUCUCCGCGUCCUCCAGUAAAGCUAAGACCAAUGGCGCUGCCCCCGGAGGUGUCAAGAGAGCUAGUGCUAAGCAAGAUAUCGAUCUCGAUAGCAUGUUGGACGAUCUUACGAGUAAUCCCACGGAGUCUAGGGCUGCCUAUGCGAGACCCAUGUCGUACUCGACGGGAUCGUCGACGUUCUCGAGCAGAACAUCGGGAUUCAAUGCCAGGAAACCGUUCUCGGCUAAUACCUCGUCGUUUGUGAGUAAAGAUAACACUGCAGAGGAGGAAGAUACUGUGGAUUAUGGUGACAACGCGUACGAACCCGAUGAGGACGAGCCGAUGCAAGAGGCUUGUGCCGAUGAGGAGCGUGAGACUAGUACUGAAGCUGAAGAAGCUCCUAAGCAGGAGGAACCUGCUAAGCCGAUUAUGAGUAAACGAGAGAUGAUGCUUCGGAAAGCACGUGAACAGCGUCUGCAGACUUCUGCACCAACUGCGAGAGCUUUGGCUGCUCCUGUGGAGCCGAAGCUACCAGAAGAUGUAACGAUGAGCUCAGUGCCGUCGAAUGAAGUGGCCGAAUGGUGGCAAGUUGCCGGCAAUGACUCAAACGUCCCGAUGGAUGCCUCAGCGGACGAUGCAGAGCCUGAAUCUCUACCUAGCGCUGCAGAUUCGAUCCAGAUGUACUGGAUGGAUGCAGUGGAAGUCCGCGAACGCCCAGGCAAGAUCUACCUGAUCGGUAAGAUGAAGAUCCCGAGCCCUGAAGGCUCCAAGCAGCCGCCCACGUUCAGAAGUUGCUGUGUGGUUGUCAACAACUUGCAGAGAUACAUGUAUCUCGUCCCCAAGGGCACUCCAUUGAUCGAACUGAGUAAGGCUGAGCAGCAAGAAGCGUGGAUGAAGAUGCACGAGGAGAUCCACAACGUUUUAAUCCCGUCCUGCAUCACUAACAGACGUGACCAGGAGGUUUUCAGGACCAAACUUGUGGAACGCAACUACGCCUUUGAAGAGGCGAACAUUCCACGUGGUAAGAACCUGUUUCUGAAGGUAAAAUACCCUGCUAGAUACCCAGCUCCACCGUCAGAUUUUUGCUCGCGUGGCGGCAAAACGUUCUCUCGCAUUUGUGGAGCUUUCACCAGACCGCUGGAGAAUUUCCUGCUUACUCGUCGGCUCUUAGGACCGGGAUGGGUUGAGAUCAAGGGCGUCCGGAAAUGCACCGAAGGCGUCAGCUUCUGCAAGAUGGAGUUUGAGACUUUUGACCCCAAGAAUGUGAGCCCCAUUGCCGGCGGUAUGUCGCCACCUCCUCUAACAGUGAUGAGUCUCAGUCUCAAGAGUGUCUGCAAUCCUAACACUGGCAAGCACGAGGUGGUUGCGCUUUCAGCGAUCACGGAGACUGGUAUUAGUGCAGAGGGCGCUGGCAAGGGAACCAAGGGCGCACGGCACACUCUCUCACACUUCACUGCUAUUCGUCCGCUAGACGAGAACAACGGCUUUCCUCAGGCCUACGCUGAAGCAGUUCAGAGAGACGACCGCUUCGGUAUGAAGAUGGAGAAUGGAGUGCUCGGUAUCAACAGCGAGCGGCUACGUGUGGAGAUCAACGAGCGUGUAAUGCUCAGCUACUUCCUCACGCGUGUUCAGCUAGAAGAUCCCGACGUUAUUGUCGGCCAUAAUUUGCACAAGUACGCGUUGGAGUUGCUGAUCUCUCGUAUUGACAACUUCAAGCUCGGUGGUCUGUGGUCCAAGCUGACGCGACUUCGCCGUGGUCGUCUCAAUCCUAUGAAUGUAGGCGAAGGCUGGAAUGAGUACAGGAUGGACGAUAUGGUAAACGGCCGACUUUUCUGUGAUACGUAUGUGUCGUCGAAAGAGUUGCUGCCCUCGCAGAACAACUAUACACUCUCGUACUUGGUGGAACGACUUCUGCACAAGCAGCGAUUGGAUGUCGAGAUGACCGAGAUUCCUCAAAUUCUUCUUGGUGGUCCUGACAAUUUCGUCAAGUUCCUUCGUCAUACGCUAGACGACGCCAUGUUCGUGCUCCAUUUGAUGCACAAGCUCGAAAUCCUGCCCCUAUCGAAGCAGCUUGCUAACUUGUGUGGUUACUUGUGGACGCGCACGCUCGAAGCCAACAAGCGUGCUGAACGAAUCGAAUAUCUUUUGCUUCAUGAAUUUAGCCGCUCGAAGAAUAAAUUUAUCGUGCCGGAGAAGUUCAAAACGAGAACUGAAGCUGACAAGUCAAACAAGAGGCGAGAAGCGUCGUAUGCUGGUGGUAUGGUGUUUGCACCGAAGAAGGGACUGUACGACAACUUCGUGGUGCUGCUGGAUUUCAUGAGUUUGUAUCCGUCCAUCAUCCGAGAAUACAAUAUCUGCUUCACUACUGUCGAGAGACAGCUAAACGAAGACGUGACUGGAGCUCCUUCUUCUUCUAAGAAGAAGAAAAAAUCGAAGCCGAUGCCCCAGCCUGAGAAUGAUGAGGUCGUGGACGACGAAGAUAUGGACCAAAAUCUCGAUAACGCUGACGCAAGUGCUGACUCGGAGAUCCCAGCUCUACCCAGUAGCGCGAGUGAGCCUGGCAUUCUGCCAGCUGUGAUCAAGCGUUUGCUUGAAUCCCGUAAGCAAGUGAAGCAACAGCUGAAGAUUGAGCAGAAGGAGGGCAACGUCGAGAAGGCCAACAUGCUCGAUAUUCGUCAGAAGGCCAUCAAACUGACAGCAAACUCCAUGUACGGUUGUUUGGGUUUCCGAUUUUCGCGAUUCUACGCCAAGCCCAUCGCUGCGUUGAUUACAUCGACUGGUCGACAGACCCUGCAGCGCGCUAAGGAGGUGGCAGAACAAGAAUGUGGCUACGACGUGAUUUACGGUGAUACGGACUCCAUCAUGGUCGAUUCGCGCACCGAGACCCUCGACGAGGCCAAACGCAUUGGUCGUGAGAUCCAGGCUCAAUGUAACAAGCAUUUCAAGCUGCUGGAACUAGAGGUGGACUACAUUUUCAAGCGUAUUCUGCUGCUGAACAAGAAGAAAUAUGCUGCGCUGGUGUUGAAGGAACGGCCUAACAGCGAGCCUACGUUUGACAAGGAAGUCAAGGGUCUUGACAUGGUGCGUCGUGAUUGGUGCGUCAUCUCCAAGGCGGUGGGUAAUGAGGUUCUCGACUUCAUCUUGUCUGGAAACUCGCGUGACGAUGUGGUGGAGAGUAUUCAUGAACAUCUGGAGCAAGUGGCGGAACGCAUGCGCUCCGGAAAGGAGCCAAUUGAACAGUACGUCAUCACGAAGAGCUUGAACAAGCAACCUGAGCAAUAUCCCGAUCGGGCGAAGCAAUAUCAUGUCCAAGUAGCAAUCGCUUUGCGUGCUUUAGGCAAGCCAGUUGGAGCAGGUACUCACAUCCCGUACGUGCUUUGCAAAGAGGAAGAACCUGGAAGCGGUCGUCGUGCUUACCAUCCGGACGAAGUGAAGCGUGCUAACGGGAAGCUGAACCUCGACGUCGAGUGGUACCUCGAGUCCCAGAUCCAUCCGCCAGUUAACCGUUUGUGUGCGCACAUUGAAGGAACCUCAAGUCCGCAACUGGCUCACUGCUUGGGUCUGGAUACAGCCAAGUUCUCGCACUCUGCCAACCAUUUCGAAGAGAACGACGGCGGUGAUGCCAUUCCCAGUGUUUUACAGACCGAUGCAGACCGAUUCAAGGACUGUGUUCCGUUGGAGAUCACUUGUGACCGAUGCAAAAUGGCGAGCGCUUUCCCCGGUGUCUUUGGUACCUCCGAGAAGGACAGCUCACUAUCUAGUGGACUGCUUUGUCCCGUGUGCAAAGCGGAUUUUUGGGGCUUCGACAAGGAGGGAAUUUACGGCAACGUGGGUGACGAUCUCCAAGCUGUUCUUUCAAACCGUCUUCAUAUUGCGACGCGACAAGCGACGAAGAAAUAUUACGAGGCGUGGACAGUUUGCUCGGACGUGACGUGCAAGACGCGGACACAAAAGCAAUCGCUCCGUGGAAAUGGAAACAUCUGCUCGGCCGCUGGUUGCAGAGCAACAACGACUCUCGAGUACCCGGACAGCGCACUGUACACUCAGCUGAAGUAUUUUGAGUCUCUCUUCGACGUUGAGCGUGCACAAAAGAAGAUCCGAGAGCAGAAGGAACGCGCAUCAAGUGCGACUACUGUGACGGAGCCGCCUCCGCUUUCUGAACGUCACCGUGCUGUGCUGCAGAAGUUGCUGUCACAAGCUGAAGAGGCUGUCCAUCGUAACGACUAUAACUGGGUCAAGCCCUCCAUCUGGCAGACACUGUUUACAUAA